AUGCCUUCCCCUAGCGACGACGACGACUUCGAGCCCCACCGACCAGCUUCCUCUUCCGCGUCCGGAGCGAACAAGAGAAGAGCAGAUGGCUUACAGCCCCAGAUAAUUGUCAAGAGGCGGGCUUCCCGAGCCUGUCUGAUAUGUCGUAGGCGAAAGGCGCAAGACGGAAUCAUUUCCCCCAGGAGCUUGAUCAACAGUCCAAUAGCCACAACCAGGUGUCCUUCUCCCGCGUCGGCCGAUUCACAAGGGCAGCCUCUGCCUUCUUAUAUCCGUUGUUUGCCAGCGCACUUGAAGCCUAUAGACUUGGAGUAUCUGGCCAAAAAAGGAGCCUUGACCAUGCCAGAUGACGAGCUUCAACGGGAGCUGUUUCGGAAGUACAUCCAGUACGUCCAUCCAUUCAUGCCUGUCCUCGACUUGGCUGCAUUUCUAUCACCAAUUGUCCGACGUGAUGGAACUUCACAGAUUAGCCUACUCGUUCUUCAGGCCGUCAUGUUCACUGGUGUCGCUUUGGUCGACCUUGACUAUCUCACCGCAAGGGGGUAUUCGAAUCGCAGGUCUGCACGGAGAGAAUUCUUCGAGAGAGUGCGCUUACUGUACGAUCUUGAAUGCGAGCCGAAUCGAAUUUCUCGCCUUCAGGCCCUCUUGCUGAUGACAUACUGGUAUGAGAGGCCAGAGGACGAAAAGGAGACCUGGUAUUGGACCGGCAUCACGCAGUCCCUAGCAAAUGUGAUGGGAAUGCACCGAAACCCCGACCAUAUGGACAUCAGUCCGGCAAUGAAGCGUCUGAGAAAGAGAAUCUGGUGGUCAUGUUUUGUGCGAGACCGUCUGCUGGCACUUGGAAUACGACGGCCAGCCCGCAUCCGCUCAGAAGACUUUGACGUUCCAAUGCUGACACUGGACGACUGUGAAAUGGCGCCGUUUGAAGACGAUAUCUUGCGGUAUUUUGGACCUCUUCCAGUGGCCGACGAUGCUGCCAUUAAACGAAGCAUAUCCCUUUGUUUCGUCGAGCUAGCCCAGCUGUGUGUUCACAUUGGAGACACCCUGUUCACGCAAUACUCGAUUCUGGGAAGUUCAACCGGCUGGACGGAAGACACCAUCACCAUGAUGGUGCGACCGAAAAGAUCAACGGAUCAGAUGCAGGACAUGGCAAAAUGUGACAGCGAGCUCAGCGGCUGGCUUCAAAACCUCAGCCCAGCCUGCCGGUAUCAACUAAGCCCGCAUCAAGUCGAAGAGCAACAGCAUCGACAGCCAGAAAGCAAGAGGAUUCUACGAUUUCACCAGGCCUUACUUUACAUAAUUUACCUGGCCACCAUGACGAUUCUGCACCGGCCGCAUGCGCUGCAGGUCAGUUCGAACACCUCGACCGACAUCUUGGUCAAUUCGCGGCUAUCGACUGAAAAGGUCACGGAGGCCGCGGCGGAAAUGACAGAAGUUGUCUAUAAUCUACAACAAGACAACCAGCUGCGCUUCGCCUCUACUUCGGCAGUCCCGGCCCUGCUCUCUGCAUCUCUCAUUCACCUGGUGGAUGCCCGUUCAACUAAAAGAGACGUUCGCAAUGUCUCUAUAGGGCGAUUCUACCAGUGCUGGCAAGCCCUCCAGUACCUCCAGGAUAUGUACGCCUGUGCCGAGCACGCCGUAUGGCUCCUAGAGGCUGUCAUUCAGAAGACCAAGGUCCAAAUUCCCAUGCUGAACCUGGCUCCGUGGCCUACAGGAACUAGACCGCCAUUCAAGCCCAAGAGACAGCGUUGCGCUGUGAGGCCGACAAUUUCUUCCAGAGAACCACAACCCCUUGAGUCUACGGAUCAACGAGUCUCGGUAGCAAACUCAGUUACAACUCCACUGGCCUCUGGAAAUGGACAUCCUUGUUUGACCAGUACCCAAGGGCCUUUCCCGGCCACAGAGAUGCAAGAUUCUAUAAACUUCGACCUCUUCAGUGAUACAUGGCCCGGAGUCAAUGUUGAGGACAACCUACUUCAAGCCUUAGUCAACUUCGACAUGCCAAACUUGCAUGUGAUGUCUCCUCCAUUCGUCCCGGUUAAUCAAGUUUAA